AUGCUUGCUGUGAAGCCCCCGGUUCCCUUUGGCGUGGGGCGAGAGUGCCCCGGGCCGGGACAGUACCGUCUGCCUCCUACUGUCGGAUUUGUCAACCACGACUACACCAAGUUAACCAGCCCAGCGUAUUCCUUUCACAGGAGACUCAGUAAUGGCAUGUACUUUAAAGACUCAAGCCCAGGUCCCUGCUAUUACGUGGACCCGCAACUCACUCGCUUUGGCAGGAGCGGAGGCCCGUCCUAUUCCAUGCUGGCGAGAGCAAAGACCCUGGCGCAGCCACGGACCCCUGGGCCAGGCAGGUACAGUCCAGAGAAAGCCCCACCUGUCACCCAGCGCAGGCCGCCAUCUUUCACCAUGGGAUCUCGUACCAAGUACCGGCGGGUGGAUCCCGUCCCUGCCCCGAACAGCUACACUCUCCCCUCGCUGCUGGGCUCCGGGGUCCCCAGCAAACCGUCCAGCCCUAGUGUCACCAUCUCAGGGCGGAACAAACAUGGUGGCUUUUCUGAGGACUUGUCCCAAACGCCCGGCCCCGGCCAUUACAACAGGACAGAUCCCAACACCUACUUGCACCGGGCACCUGCCUUCUCCAUUCGGGGGCGAUGCAGUGCGCCCGGGGCAGCCUUCCGGACACCGGGGCCUGGAACGCACAGCCCCGGAAAGGUGACCGCCCACAGGACAAGAGCCCCAGCCUACUCCCUGGGUGUCCGGCACUCCGAAUUUGUCACGCCUCUCAUUGUGGAUGUUUCCCAGUGGGGCAGCAGUUCCCUGGCGUCAGAUCACUGGCCUUGAUUUACCUUCCCUGCCUCGAUCUACUGGAUCCCCAGUGACUCAGACUGGAAGCUCUUCGCUUUGCCUCCAGCCCAUUCAUGCCACGCAGUCCUGGGAGAGCU